GUCCAAUACCAGGCAUACCCAUCAAUACAGUCAUACUGAUGUUUUCUCACCACAGACUAUUUUUCCCAUGUUUUGCUUCAGGGAUGAGAUUGAAGGGCUGACAUCAGAGAUGGCACUGCUCAAGGAGAACAACCAGACUCUGAUUGAAGAAAAACAGGCCACUGACGAAGCCUUGCAGGGCCGCUUGGUGAACAAGGAGAAGGCAAUGACUGACCUUGAAAGCAAAAAUAAGUCCCUAAAAUCUGACAUCUCAACCAAAAACAAGCAGAUCAAAGAUUUGGAAAAAGAGAUCAAGAGCCUGAAGAGCAAGGUGGCAUCCAGCAGUAAGCUGCAGGAGAGCAGAGACAGUGAGGUGGAGAGGCUGAGGGGAGAGCUGGAACAGCUGGAGACCCGCAGGGCGGAACUAGAGCAGGGCCUUGAGCGGCUCACACACCAAUCUGAAACUGCUAACAAGCAGGCAGAGGAAAUGAAGAGCCUGGCCAAGCAGUGUGCCCGGGAGAAGGAGGAGGCAGUGAGGAGCUGUGAGGGUCAGCGUGCAGAGAUGAUCUACAUCAUGGAGGGAUACAAGGCUGACAACGACAAGAUGCUGGCUGACAAGCAGAAGGAGCUAGACACUGUCAGGGCACAGGUGGAGGCUCUAAAGAAGAAGAAAGAUAAUGAGGCUGACAAGAAGAUUGCCAAACUUCAGGCAGAGAUUGACCAAUUACGGAAGACAGUGUCUGUGUCGGGACAUGAGAUGGAAAACAUGCAGAGGAAUGUUGGUGAAAAAGAAAACAAACUUCAGGAGUUGGAAAAAGAAAACAUGAAAAAGGAUGAAGAGCUGAAGGGACUUCAACAGCAGCUGGAAAAGAUGUUCAUCAAGAACACGGCUUCAACUGUUGUUCAGACCAGCCCUUUCAAAGACAGCUCCUCUACAAGUGACCAGCCUGUCACACCCAAACAUGCCAGUAAACUACCCACAUACCAGGACAAGGAGAACAAGAAACCUGGUGGUGAUGAUGAGGACCAUGUGUUCAGAUCAGUGCCGAAGACCCCCAUAGUUCCGAGGACACCCCUGGUCCCUAAAUCACCCUAUGUACCCCGAUCUUCAUUUGUCCCCAAUACUCCUUCAAUUGCACAAACACCACAGAGAAGUAUUCUCAAGCCCUUGUCUGCUAACUCUGCCAUCAAGAAGAGAAGGGUGGUGUUUGCAUCCAAGGAAGAGGAGGAGGCAUCCAACUCAGAAGAUUCCUGCCACUUUGAAGUCAUGGAUAUUGAUAUUGAGAAGAACAAGAGUGUGAGCAGUCAUGUAUUGGUGCUGCAGUCUCCCAAGCCUCGCACUCCGGAAUGCAAGAGUUCUGCUGUGCUUAUGCCCUUGCAUAGGACCCCACGCACACCCAAUGAGGACUCGGAGAAGAAAAGACAUAAAACAAGCCACACACCUGAUAAGACAUCAGUCAGUGAGGAAACAGUGGAAGACAAGAGCAAGACCAAAACCCCCUCAACAAGGAAAGCGCCUGUAAAGUCCUCUGGCAAGUUCUUCAAGAACAGUCCUAAGGACAGGAUGGCUAGUUUCAGAGAAGCACAGAAAGACAAAGAUCUCUCUUGGUUUGAAAGUAAUGAUGUCUUCGGAUUUGGGAUAGAAGAUUAAAGUGUGAGAUUCUUGUACAUGUUUAGUGUAAUGUUGUAUUCCAUUUUGAUCACACAAUUCACCAUAUUAUUGCAAAGCCUCUAUUUCAAAUGGAAUCUGUAUUUUGUUGAUCUCAAGCAUUCAAAUUAUAUUUAAAUAGCAAGCUUAUAGCUGCUAUACAAUCAACUUCCCUUUGUAAAUAAAUAAUGCCAUUAAUUCAUUUUGAUUUUUAUCCAAUAUGUAUCAACAUCGUUUCUAUAGGUGGUCGGUUUAAAGAUUUUCAAUACUGUUUAAACUGCUUUGUUAAUUUUUUGUUCAUUUUGUAUUGAUAUGGUGAUUUAUUGUUGAUAGUUCUUGGUUCGUUGCAGUCUGUGAUUGGGAAUAUUUGUCUGUGAUAUUGUUUCAUGUAUUUGUUGGAAAAACAAUUGAUCGAUACUUAAAUGUAAGUGUUUUGAAAAUAACAUUCUUUUACAAUGGUACACAUUCCUAUUGGCAUGUAGAAUACUAAAUUAAUUGAACAUUUGUAAUUAUUGUAAGAUAUUUGUUCAGUGAAAUUAUACACUGUUAAAACACAA